CCUGGUAUGGGGCGCGCAGCUGGAAAUAGGGCGGGCUGAGCGCGCAGAGCCGGGGAGCAGCUGGCUGGGGGCGCCUGCUGCCUUCCAUAAAGUGAAUGGCCACAGUGAAUGGGAAUCAGUCGACAGGAAUCCUCCUCCUCGCCUCUCUCCAUGAGUCACAGGCUAACAGAGCGCAGAGUGCCCAGCAGCAAGCCAGGGGGACUUACCGUCUGACAGGCGCGGAGGAGCCCGGGCGCUGGGGCGGGGGCAAAUUGCCCUCCUUUGCCCAGGAUUAAGGCCACACGACAGCACCAGCAUCUGGAACCGCUAUCUCUCCUCCUCCCCCACCACCGACUCCUGCCAGAUGGAUUUCAACCUGCUGACGGACUCAGAAGCUCGCAGCCCUGCUCUGUCCCUCUCGGAUUCUGGGACCCCUCAACACGAACACAGCUGCAAGGGGCAGGACCAUAGUGACACAGAGAAGUCCCAGCAGAACCAGACUGAUGACUCCAACCCCGAGGAUGGCUCUCUGAAGAAGAAGCAACGGAGGCAGCGGACUCACUUUACCAGCCAGCAGCUCCAGGAACUGGAAGCUACCUUCCAGAGGAACCGCUACCCAGACAUGAGCACCAGGGAGGAGAUAGCAGUCUGGACCAACCUGACGGAGGCACGAGUCCGGGUAUGGUUUAAGAACCGCAGAGCCAAGUGGAGGAAACGAGAAAGGAACCAGCAGGCAGAGCUUUGUAAGAACAGUUUUGGAGCUCAGUUCAAUGGACUGAUGCAGCCUUAUGAUGACAUGUAUUCCAGCUAUUCGUAUAACAACUGGGCUACCAAAGGGCUUGCUACCAGCCCCCUGUCAGCCAAGAGCUUCCCCUUCUUCAACUCCAUGAAUGUCAGCCCCCUCUCCUCCCAGCCCAUGUUCUCCCCUCCCAGUUCCAUUGCUUCCAUGACCAUGCCUUCCUCCAUGGUCCCCUCAGCAGUGACUGGCGUGCCAGGAUCCAGCCUCAACAACCUGGGAAACAUCAACAACCUCAACAGCCCAAGCCUCAACUCUGCCGUUUCAUCCAGUGCCUGCCCUUAUGCCUCCACUGCCAGCCCCUACAUGUACAGGGACACGUGCAACUCUAGCCUGGCCAGCUUGAGGCUGAAGGCCAAGCAGCACGCCAACUUUACCUACCCGGCAGUUCAGACGGCAGCUUCCAACCUGAGCCCCUGCCAAUAUGCUGUGGACAGGCCUGUAUGAAGGGCCACCUUCCACCAACCAGGGACUCGACCUUAGCCUGACGAAAGGAGACCUUUAGCCCUACAACAGCAUACGCCCUGCAGGAGAGAGAAAGACAGAUGGACCUUUGUGAAGACUUGUCUAACUAUCGUAUGGUGAAUUUUGACUGUCUUUUUUUUUUUUUUUUUUUUUUUUGUAAAGCUACCGAAACUGCUCAUUGGAAGACCCACUGGGAAACAGGAACCUGUGACAUUCAGUUUGACUGGCUCCUGGGCAGCAGAACUGAGCAUAUGUCAAUCUGUCCCUUCUCCCCUCCCCUUGGUGUGAUAGCUGUCCUUGCUCCUCCCUGGCACAAAAGCCCUGUUUAAAGCAUAGGCAGCCAGGUGGCACAGCUGUAGGAAGCUGCCAGGGACCCAGGCAAAGUGGCGCAGCUUCUCAAUGCUUGGCUGAGAACACAGAUACACCCACAAGUGUGAGCGGUCAGAUUUCAUUUUGAGGCAUCUCACUCAUUUAUUUAUCAUAUGGCCAGUCUCACCAGCCACCAGUCAGGAAAGUACUGUCUCAGCCGGCAAUACAUUUUUAUACUGAAGAUAUAUGCGUGGCCAGGUAAUUGAACCCCUUAGGGAUCAGGAGUUGUAGGGAUGUAGGAUGUGUGUGUGUGUGUGUUAAUAAAACACACAUAUACACACACAAAUAAAUAUAUAUAUAACACACCUUUUUGUUUUGUACAUGGGAUAAUCCAUGAAGUAGACCUUACAGAUGAAAAGCCAAGCAUGUCCACCACGGUGGAGAAUUCAGCCUGUCCGCUUUACUGCUUAAGUCAUUUCCACUCGGGUAGAAAUUCCUUUGCCAAUGUACAUCCAAAGAAUCCCUUUUUUUUCCCUUUUGCAACAAAUUACCCUCUUUUGUGCACCCGGCUCUCCGCCCCCAAAUUCCAUUUUCAACAAUAAAAUGAAAGUUGGAGCAGUCCUGUUGGAGGUUUCCAUCUGUCUGGUUAUUGCACGCACAAGAUGAGAACGUGGGGAAAAGAAAGACUAGCAACUGUAUCUAAAGGGUCCAAAUCAAACCCACAUUGUGAAAGAGGAGAGUCCGCAGGGGGGCUGCUGUUUAUGAGACGCCAGUUCCUGGUGAGGGCCCAGUAACAGAAGGGGAAGAGUCAUCUAAGCAAAGUCAAGGGAUGGGGGCCCCAACAUGUGACUGAGCCAUCCUCCUCCUACAUGUUUUCAAUUCAAAUGCUCUGGAAUGCUUUCGAGAACACAGUGCCAGUGGCCUAGCUCCCAGGAGCCCUUGCAGAACUGUCCAUUUCCAUGGUUCUCUCCUCACUCACCCUGGGAGGGGGCAUUAAGGAGAAACUACACCAAGCCUUCCCCUAUGAACUAAUGGAAACCCCUUCGUGGGGGUCCCUGCAGGGUUUCAGGUCCAUGGUGCUAUAGACUGGGUGGACUGGUAGGGAACCAGAUCUGGGCUCUUCUGGAUUCCCCCUCCUCCACCCACACCCAAUUCUUAAUAGAGGCAGAGCCUUCAUGAACUUACAUUGCCUUGCCCGGCUACUCUGGGGGAUGUGCCCUUUGAGGACAGCUGCCAUAGCGGGAGCAGCUAGAGGCGUGGCACCUAUGCACUGUGCUGUGCAGAGUCUAGGAGGAGCUGGUGAGGCCUGGCACCACAGCAGAAGCAGGUUGGUUGUACAGAUCACUCUUGCUUCCACUGGGUCAUAAGGAAUCUGCACAUGUGCCUUUCCCAAUGGAUAAGCAUGAAGCUGUUUAAAAAUUGACAAAUGAGGUGCCCCCUGCCCUUUGAUGCUGUUGUCUCAGAGCAGAGGUUCCCGAAGCACGGCCCAGGAGUCAGCCAUCUGCCGGCUGGGCACGUGGUGUUGGUGCCUCUUCAUUUUCAGCGGCUCAGUUCAGUUAGCAGACAGCUAGAAACACAGUACAUGCUUGCUGGCAUUUCCAUAUGCACAACGGCUGCAUGUGCCACAGAGGCGGAGACUCUGCUGAGGAGAGGGAGAAACCUCCUUCUGCUUCAAGUGCCUUAUCCAUUUUCACACAAUAACCAUUUCUGGGACUCACACAGGCGGCCCUCAGUGCUUCCAUUCCCUUCACGUCCGCCGUGGAAUAACCACAGGCUAUUCUUGCUCUAGCAGAACCCAGUCAACCUGACCUAAUCAGAAGCUACUCAAUUAAAUUAAUCAUUUGAGACACAGUAGUUCAGUGUGGCUGAGUCUGACCGUACCACCGUGGGAAUGCAGAGGCCACCUCGCUUUCCCUGCUGCUGUGCUGGUUUGGAGCGGCUUUGCCCAUGUUCUGUGGUUGGCUCUCUGGCCGAGCUGAAGCCACUCCUCUUCAGAGUACCAGAAGACCAGAUCAGGCACACAGUCCUAGUCUCCCUCUGGGUCACGGCCUCUCUUUAGAGGGCCUGUGCAAGCCUCCACCCUUGAUGCAGUGGUGUGAAGAGCAGAUUUCACCCAUCCACUGUUGGCUGCUCUGGGCUCCAAAGAAGGAAGCAAGCACCCAGUCUGGAUGCCCCCCCAUGCCCUUUCAGCUCCCCUGCCUGAGACACUUUUCUUUUGUCCAAGUCCUUCCCAUCACUGAAGCACCUAACAAACAGCACAAAGUUCAUCACUAACUGCAGCUGCCAAACCCUCUUUCCCAGGGUGCCUCCGCAAUCUGUGACUUUUGUCAGGUGGUGCCAGUACCUCCCCUAGCUCCAGUUCCCAUCUAGUCUCUCUCAGGAAAGAAUGGAGCUGCUUAUAUACUGUGUUCUUUCCCAGCAUGCUUUAUACCUCCUGCCCCAACUGUCUCUUGGACUACAAUUCCCAGCAUACCUCUUGUUUGGGACUGUGGCCAGGCUCAGGGAAAUGCUGUUUGUCUUCCAGGACCUGUUGCAUCCCCCCACCCCAGGGGUGAGGAGCAGAGCUGAGAGCUCCCCCUUUCCACUGGUUGGUGCUGCUAAGCAUAUAGCCAGAGCUUCCCCACUGGCCUCCUCCCUAGCUAAUGUGGGGAGAGCUCCCCCCAUUUCAACCUGCUUUAACCACUGCACCUUCCAGUGUGCAUACUCACUCUGAUCUGAACAAAUUGUUUCUAAACAAUUUGGUUUGCCCUCCUCACUGCUAAAGCGUCAUUUGUGUGGGUUCCCUUCUCACCCCAGAAGCUAGAUCUUAUGGCCAGGCUCAGUGCCAUGGGUGCAGCAAUGUGUGGGGAAAGUCUAGGUUUUAGGGAGUGGCGAGCGUGGGUUCUCCUCUCCCCCUGCACCCAGGAGAGGGGAUUCUCUGCAAGUCAACACUAAAGCCUAUUGGUGGGGAUCAUAGGGAAUGGCUAUUUGUAAUGGGAUUUCAAGUCCAUUCUGCAAAUGGGCAGGGAAGGGAGUACUGUCCCCAUAGGUCAGGAGGUGGGAUUCAUUGGUGGAGCCAAAGGAAAGGUACCCAGCUAUGGAGACUAAGGAGGCCCAGCAAGAUGACUCCAGAGCAGGAACCAUGUUCCAUUGGUAGGGACUCCUAGGGCUGGAGG